AUGAGGGUGGCGGUGCGUCUUCUUCGCAGGGAUGAGCGCAUCCCCUCGCCGGGCAGUUCGCUCCUUAACCCACGCAGCCAGCGAGCCAAGCUUCGGCAGAUGAUGAUGACUCACGCAGCACAAGAGAAGCAGUUUGAAGAGCAGGCGUUGUUUGCAGGACUAGGAGGCGCCUCAUCAUUGCCACCAGUGCGUAGCAAAAAGGAGCGAACCUCAAAGGCUACUCGCCGCGUCGGACGGGACGUGGCGGAGAGAGCAAAGUGCAUGACAGAUAGUGAGUGGGAAAGUGUCCCUAUGGACGAGAAACAUGCGUUUACUAAGUACAUGAGUCAAAUGCUGCGCGAGCACCCAACGGAAACGACAGAGCAGCAGCGGCGUCGGUACUUUGAGACGACCAUGGUGGAUGCACGUGACCUGGAUCCACAGAAGACCGUUCGAGACGAGUACGAGCGUAUUAAACUUGGUUUGCCCGUACAGUUGAAGAAUCCACAACAUCCUUUGGGCGUUUCGCAGGCUGUGUACGAAGCGGCGGAUGCCUCACUUUUUGACCCGACGAAUGUUCAUAAAUUGGAAAACGCCAUGACCCACAUUAAGCAGGUAUUUGCAGAUUACGUAAAUAAGAAGCGGGAGGGCGUGAGUACAGAGGCGGAGCGACGACAAUUGGCGAACAUGACGGCUGAACUGAAUUUGGAGACGCAGAAACAUCUUGCAAACACAUUUAAAUACGCUGAAACCCGUUUACGGCAGAUUUCUUUGG